GAGUGCAAGAGACUGCAUUUUCUGGAGCUUUGUGCUUUGAAUAAUGCCUGUUUGUCUUUUAUGUGUAGUGAGUGAUGCUACACUGGGCACACUUUGCCUAAGUUUCAUAAAUAUUUAAUUGGCUUUUUCAGGAGAAUAAAAACCAGCCCCGUUGAUGACUGAAAAUGACAAAGCAUCCACCUAACAGACGAGGAAUCAGCUUUGAAGUGGGAGCCCAGUUGGAAGCCCGGGACCGAUUAAAAAACUGUUCCUUAACUAUCCAGUUCCCUUCCCAAGAGGCAAACCGGGUUGCUUGAUCAUCCUCCAGAGAUAGCCCACGCAUUUAAAAACAGGUAUCCAGCUCACAUAGAAGACAUUGACUACGAAGAAGGAAAAGUACUCAUUCAUUUCAAGCGUUGGAACCAUCGUUAUGAUGAGUGGUUUUGCUGGGAUAGUCCUUAUUUGCGUCCCUUAGAGAAAAUACAGCUAAGAAAAGAGGGCUUACAUGAAGAUGAAGGCUCUUCUGAAUUUCAGAUAAAUGAGCAGGUCCUUGCUUGCUGGUCUGAUUGUCGUUUCUACCCAGCCAAAGUCACUGCUGUUAACAAGGAUGAAUAUUGUGGGUACUGCUAGGCCUAAAGAAACAGAUCACAAAAGUCUUUCAUCAACUCCUGAUAAACGAGAGAAGUUUAAAGAGCAGAGAAAAGCCACAGUCAAUGUGAAGAAGGACAAAGAGGACAAAGCCUUUAAGACAGAAAAGAGGACCUGCAGCCUGAAAAAGCAGCCUGAAAAAGAAGGAAAGUUAAUCUGUUCUGAAAAGGGGAAGGUUUCAGAGAAAAACCUUCCCAAGAACGAGAAGGAAGAUAAGGAGAACAUUUCAGAAAAUGACAGAGAAUAUUCUGGAGAUGCUCAAGUGGAUAAAAAACCAGAAAAUGACAUUGUGAAGAGUCCACAAGAAAACUUGAGGGAGCCAAAAAGAAAACGAGGCAGACCCCCUUCCAUAGCUCCUACUGCUGUGGACUCAAAUUCUCAAACUUUGCAGCCAAUAACAUUGGAAUUGAGAAAACGGAAAAUAUCAAAAGGAAGCGAAGUUCCAUUAAAACGUCCUCGACUUGACAAAAAUUUAUCCCAGGAAAAGUCAAAAGUUGUCUCUGGAAACACUGACAAAGAUUUAUCAAGAAGAAGGUCAUCCAGGCGAUCCACUAACGGGACUCAUGAGAUCCUAGAUCCUGAUGUGGUUGUGUCAGAUUUGGCUGGUACUGUUAAUACAGAUGCUUUACAAAACACAUCAUCUAAUACCAAGGAAUCUGGAGAAGGUCAUUUGAAAUCUCCUUUGGAAACUAGCCAGGUCUCAUCUGCAUUUAUUUGCCACUCUGUGAGGGAUGGAUUGAAGACUACAGGCUUGGAACUGAACUGCAAGUCAAUGGGAGAAAACACUAUGAAAACAGAGCCAGCUUCUCUUCUUGCUGAAUUACAAGAGGUUUCAUCUGUGACAGUAACAAACGCUUCAAAGAAAACAGAUGAUCUUGCAACAUCAAAGACACUAACUGUUGACCUAGACCACAAAUUUAGGUGCAAGGUGGUAGAUUGCUUAAAAUUUUUCCGCAAAGCCAAACUGUUGCACUAUCAUAUGAAGUAUUUUCAUGGAAUGGAGAAGUCACCAGAGCCAGAGGAGAGCACAGCAAAGGGGCAUGUUCAGACCAGAGGCUCUGCAGCCUCCGACAAGACCAGCCAGGAGAACCUGACUAGGAAGCGGGUCUCAGCCAGUUCUCCGACUGCAAAGGACAAGGAAAAAAAUAAAGAGAAGAAAUUCAAGGAGUUUGUGAGAGUGAAGUCAAAGAAGAAAAAGAAAAAGAAAAAGAAAACCAAACCUGAUUGCCCCUGUAGUGAGGAGAUCAGUGACACCUCCCAGGAACCUUCUCCACCCACAACCUUUGUCACUAGGUGUGCAUCCUCGAAUAAGCCUGGGACACAUAUGAGCCCACAGGUCCAUGGCUCAGAUUCCGGAAACCACAAAGGGAAGGGGAAAGUGUCAGAGGAGGAUAAUCUGAGCAUGUCCUCUUCUGAAAGUUUUUUUUGGAGUGAUGAGGAGUAUGCUCCAGACAUCGAUGUGACCACCAAUCCUGAUGAAGAACUGGACACAGACGAACGCUAUGAUUUUGAAGUGGUGCGCUGCAUCUGUGAGAUCCAGGAAGAAAAUGACUUCAUGAUCCAGUGUGAAGAAUGCCAGUGCUGGCAGCAUGGGGUCUGCAUGGGAUUACUGGAAGAAAAUGUGCCUGAAAAAUACACCUGUUACAUUUGCCAAGACCCUCCAGGUCAAAGGCCUGGCUUCAAGUACUGGUAUGACAAGGAGUGGUUAAGCAGGGGGCAUAUGCAUGGCCUGGCAUUUUUAGAAGAGAACUACUCCCACCAGAAUGCCAAGAAGAUUGUAGCCACCCACCAGCUUCUCGGUGAUGUGCAAAGAGUGAUUGAGGUUCUGCAUGGCCUGCAGCUCAAGAUGAGCAUCUUGCAAAGCAGAGAGCAUCCUGACCUGCAGCUGUGGUGUCAGCCUUGGAAACAGCAUUCAGGGGAGGCAUGCUCUCAUUCUAAGCACCUCCGAAGCCUGGAAUCCAAGUGCACAGAGGAGGCCCCAAGCUAUCAAACUUUGAAUGGUGAGGUUCUAGAGAAGUCCCCGGGCCUGGGCCUGCCCCGCUCCCUGGAGGAGUCCUACAUCACCAGUGAGCACUGCUACCAGAAGCCGCGCACCUACUACCCUGCCGUGGAGCAGAAGUUGGUGGUGGAGACCCGGGGUGCAUCCCUGGAUCAGGCAGUCAGCCCCCUCCAUGAGAAUGGAGAUGACUCUCUCUCCCCACGCCUCUGCUGGCCUCUCAACCAAGAACGAAGCAGGGGGGACAGUGACCCCAAGCCCAGCUCCCCCAAGGUGAGAGAUUAUAUCUCCAAAAAGACCCUUCCUGAGGAAACUCCUACCCGGAAACUGCUAGACAGAGGUGGGGAGGGGCUGCACAGCUCCCAACAACAGUGGCAAUUCAACCUGCUAACCCACGUGGAGUCGCUUCAGGAUGAAGUCACGCAUAGGAUGGACUCCAUUGAGAAGGAGCUUGAUGUGUUGGAGAGUUGGCUGGACUAUACCGGGGAGCUGGAGCCCCCGGAACCCUUGGCUCGGCUGCCACAGCUCAAGCAUUGCAUCAAGCAGCUUUUGACGGACCUGGGCAAGGUGCAGCAGAUUGCACUCUGUUGCUCAACAUGAAACUGAGCCCCUAAAACUUGUGGGGGCACAAUCCUGGAGCACCUACAGGAAGUUUCAUAUAUUUAAAUAAACGUAGCAUGCGGAAUGCACGAGACACCAACAGACUUCAGAUCUGGACAGGGAAUGAGAUGGACAUUAGACAGAUGGGAGGCUGCUCUGAUUGCGAAGUCAACCCUGAAAGCAGCUGAGAGACUUUAGGGUUUCCCUCUUCUGUGCACAUCCCUGAAUGGAGAGUGAAUCUUUUUGCACAAACUUCACUUGAAAUUGUGCCACUGAUGAUAAAUGAAAUGAGAGCCAAAAAAGGUAGCUCGAAAUGGUCAUAAAUUCAACUUCCUAGUUAUUAUAUGGAUUUUCCUGUUGUAUUGGAACACAUACCAAGCCUUUGGUUUCUACCUGGCAUGGGUUUGGUGGCAGGCACCCAAUCUCAUUCCUCGUGACCACCCGUGGGCAGGCUGUGGCUUCAUUCCACUUAGGCCGUGCUGUCUUCACUGGAGGAUUCCUUCUCUUAGCUCGCCACUUCUUUUGCAUGAUGUCAUGGUACUGGGGACAAGUUCUCUAAGCUUUCCCCCCAGAGUUGGGUGGGAUUCUUUGUUUAGUUUUUUGUUUUUGUUUUUAUUUUUUAUGUUCUUUAUGUAGUCAGGCCCCUGCCACCUGCGGAGGAAUGACAAUUUUACUGUAGAAAGAAUUGAGAAGGAAUUCCAAACCAAAGUAGGCAGGGUCUGGUACCCUAGGGCAGUGUUUUCUACCCACUCUGUGACAACUUCCUGGUUCUAUUUAAUGUCCAGAAAAGGUUUCCCAUUUUUUUUUAACUCUUUCACUGAAAAGAUUUGUUACAAGGUUGUGGUUUGGAAAAUUAUUUUAUAUGGUUGUAAACAAACUUCAGAUUGUACAUGUGCCGCUUUUCUUCUUCCCUGAAGGCUGUGUAUAUUCAGUAGUUGCAUUUUCAGAAUGGUUUUAUUAUCCUUUAACAUCUAAAUCUUCCUGUUUGUAUUAUUUUGUGAGAAUAAGAUGAUUAUGCUGCUUAAUGUCCAGGUAACCUCUUUGUACCUUUUGAAACAAUAUUUGCGACUCUUACAAUCGCUUUAUUGUUUUUACCUUACUAGGCAGUUAAAGAAAAUGCCCCAUGCUUUGAGGUGUGCCCUUUUACAUCGUUUAGUUUUCCUAUCUUAAAGGCAAAAAUCAAAGCACAGGUGUCCAUUAACAUUCAUAAUGGGUUUAAGAAUCUGUAAUGUUACAAGCUGCAACUAUUUACUAUGUAAACGUCAAGUAGUCAAUAUCCCAAUAGCAGUGACCUGAUCACAAGAAACUUUUGAAAUGAAUGGAGAGACUUUAAAGCACAGGUCAUUAUGGUCAUAAAGUCUUUACUAAGAUCUGUUUCAGGGAAUAUCUGUCUAGUGAUUUGUUAACCAUUUGAUACACUCUGGGUUUAGGACAAGUUUAGCCUGCUGUAGUUUAUCCAAAGGGGUUCCAAUGGGACUGUAAUGUAAUAAAACCGACAGAAUUCCCUGCAAGAAGCUAUUUCCUAUUGCUAACGGUGUUUCUGGUGUAGGAGGAAAUCUUCAACGAAUGUGCCUGGCAUCUGUGCUUAGUAAAAAUCAAACAAUCACAAUAAAAGACCUGUGGUAGGCCGGA